AUGACAAUCUCUAAAGAAACAGUCCCAAUUACUCCAUUAGGUAAUACAUUACUUUUUGAACCAAUCAAAGUAGGUGCCAACACUUUACCACAAAGAAUUGCUUUUGCUCCUUCAACUCGUUGCCGUGCCACAGCUGAUAAUAUACCAACAGAUUUACAAUUGCAAUAUUAUGAUGAAAGAUCCAAAUAUCCAGGUACUUUAAUUAUCACUGAAGCUACUUAUUUAUCUGAACAAGGUGGUUUAAACCCACAUGUACCGGGUAUAUUCAAUAAAAGACAAGUUGAAGGAUGGAAGAAAAUCAACGAUGCUAUUCAUGCUAACAAUAGUUUCAGUUCUAUUCAAUUAUGGUAUUUGGGACGUGUAGCUAAUGCACAACACUUGAAAAACAAAGGAUUACCUUACAUUGCACCAUCUGGAGUUUAUUGGAAUGAAGAAACUGAAGCCAUUGCUGAACAAGCUGGAAACCCAUUACGUGCUUUAACUAUUGAAGAAAUUGAUCAUAUUGUUGAUGUUGAAUUUCCUAACGCCGCAAGAAAUUCCCUUGAAGCUGGUUUUGAUUAUGUUGAAGUUCACUCAGCACAUGGAUACUUAUUGGAUCAAUUUUUGAAUACUGCUUCAAAUAAGAGAACUGAUGAAUAUGGUGGUAGUAUUGAAAACCGUGCUCGUUUGUUGUUACGUAUUAUUGAUAAAUUGAUUCCAAUUGUUGGAGCUGAUAGAUUAGCUGUCAGAUUAUCACCAUGGGCUAAAUUCCAAAACGUUGAUACUGAAGGUGAAGAAAUCCAUAGUUAUAUUUUGAACGAAUUACAAAAAAGAGCUGAUGAAGGAAAUCAAUUAGCUUAUAUUUCAUUAGUUGAACCAAGAGUUCAAGCAAGUUGGGAUAUCGAAGAGGAUAAACAAGUUGGAUCCAAUGAUUUUACUUACAAACAUUGGAAAGGUAACUUUAUUAGAGCUGGUACUUAUGCUCAUGAAUUAGAUAAAAUUGAUCAAGAUAUUGAUAAUGGAAGAACAUUACUUGCUUUUUCUAGAUUUUUCCUUUCCAAUCCUGAUUUGAUUGAAAAGUUAAAGGACGGAAUUCCUUUAACUCAAUAUGAAAGACCUACUUUUUAUACUCAAGACAAUUUUGGUUAUAAUACCUGGCCAAGAAAUGGAGAACUGAUCUCAUUUGAUGAAGAAACAGAAAAGGCAAGAGUUGGAAAGCCAUUAGCUUAG